GCCUGAAGCAGCAGAGCGUUCAGUUCUGUGUACCCUGCACUUUCCCAAAUAGCUGUACGGAGGACUAAAUAUUGCAUUCCUGGCUGCAUCAUCUCACCUGCAAAAGAAAUAACAACGUUUAUGAUUUUAAAUCGGAUCAAAUCCAGACAGACUAAUAAGAAAGCAUGUGGAGGAUACUCUUUUUUGCCACUUUGAUUCAGAAACUAUCCGCUCAAGACACUGACGAUUCAAUAACUUUCACGCAAUGUACUGAUGGAUACGAGUGGGAUCCACUUAGACAACAAUGUAAAGAUAUUAAUGAAUGUGAAAUUGUACUGGACGCCUGCAAAGGAGGGAUGAAAUGUGUCAAUCAUUAUGGAGGGUACCUGUGUCUGCCACGAACAGCACAGAUAGUGGUUAAUAAUGGCCAGGAUGAUUCCUCAGUCUCAGAACCCUCAGUGCCACAAACAAAUGGGGGGCAAUCAUCCUUUGGUGAAGUUGUUAAUACCCCUGAAGUACAACAGCCUGUUGUGGUUCAAUAUCCAACUCAACGAAUGCAGUGCCCAGCUGGCUAUGAACUCACCGUACAAAAUAUGUGCCAAGAUAUAGACGAAUGUGUCACAGGAACUCACAAUUGCCGAGCAGAUCAAGUAUGCUCCAAUCUCAGAGGUUCUUUCACUUGCUUAUGCCCUAGGGGAUAUCAAAAACGAGGGGAGCAAUGUAUUGACGUAGAUGAGUGUGCAAUAUCUUCAUUUUGUCAUCAUCACUGUGUCAAUACAAUUGGGUCCUACUAUUGUCAGUGCAACCAUGGCUUUCAACUUGCCUCUAACAACUACAGCUGUGUAGAUGUAGAUGAAUGUAACACGAACAGCCCAUGUGAGCAGGAAUGCUACAAUACGAUCGGUUCCUAUUACUGCAGAUGUAGUCUGGGAUAUGAAUUGAGCAGGGACAGAAACAGUUGUGAAGAUAUUGAUGAAUGCAGAACGUCAAACUACCUUUGUCAAUACCAGUGUGUUAAUGAACCAGGAAGAUUUGCUUGUUUAUGCCCUCAAGGAUAUCAGCUUGUGGGAACUCGAUCGUGUCAAGACAUAGAUGAAUGUGAAAGUAACACACAUGAUUGCGGGUCAGACACUAUGUGCUGGAAUUAUUAUGGCGGAUUCAGAUGUUACCCAAGAAAUCCUUGCCAAGAGCCCUAUGAAUUAAUGUCUGAAAAUCGCUGUGUCUGCCAUUCUACAAAUCCUCUUUGUCGUGAUCAACCAUAUAGUAUCGUCUACAAAUAUAUGAGCAUCAGGUCCAACAGAGCAGUUCCUUCUGACGUGUUUCAAAUUCAGGCCACCAUAAUCUAUGCUAAUACAAUCAACACAUUUAGGAUUAAGUCUGGAAAUGAGAAUGGAGAUUUCUAUUUAAGGCAAACAAGUGGACUCAGCGCUAUGCUUGUUCUGAUAAAACCUUUAACAGGACCAAGAGAACACUUUGUUGACCUGGAAAUGGUGACUGUCAACAGUGUAAUGAACUACCGUUCAAGUUCCAUACUGCGAUUAACAAUAAUAGUUGGACCAUACCCAUUUUAAAGAUUGGUCCACUAACACAACACUGGAAUAAGUAAAAAAAAAAAAACAGCAAAAAACACACACCUGCAGUACAUCACUCUUAUUUAUGUUUUCUUUUUUGAAGCACAUUAACCUAUAUAUACCAUGUACACUGAAAAUCUAUGGUAUUCAAUUUCAAAUUAAUUUCAACUAUGUCCUUUCUCACUUCAUAUUUUAAUUAACACCUUUCUACUAUCUAAUUGAUGAACAUAUUAAAACAGUAUGGAAUCACAGAGAGAAUUGAUUUAAAGUGUGUAAAUACUUAGAGCAGCUGGGCUUUUUUUUUCUAAACUUUCCACACAGCUUUAUAGUUGAUAAAUGUAACAUCGUGGUUGAUUUUGAGUGCUUGUGCUGCCAGGUUGUGUUUGUAAGCUAUUACAUGCGUCCCUGUUUUGACCAUUUUGUUACAUUGAUAAUGAAAGGUAUACUCAGGAUACGUAUUGCAUCUCUGUUACCAAGAUGAGAACCCCCUCAAAUUACUGAAAUACAACCUGUGUUGAUAGUUGCCAGUUAUACCAACAACUUUGCUCUCUAAGCUUACCAAAUUUAAGCAUAUAAAA